GAAGAGAGAGGAGAGCUACCAAGUACCAACCCCCCAGAAGAGUUCCUCCGUCUCUACUAACAGAGCGAGCAGCAGGACUGGAUGGUGGUAUCCACGGCGUCCUCGCCUCUGAUCCCUACGGGAGGAGGAGGCCGCCGCCAGCCUCCUCACGCCCUCUCCAUACCCGUGCGCUCCAGCCGCCGCCGCUCCCUCUCCGCCUCCGCCUCCCGCGACCCCGAUCGUUCCGGCGUGCCCGUGCCAUCCUCCCGCGGCCCCAUCUCGCUGCCUCGGCCUCUGACGAGCGCGGAUCUGAUGGAGCCUAGUGGGGACGGAUUGAAGGUCGCCUACCAGGGUUACCCCGGAGCCUACAGCGAGUCGGCCGCCAAGAAGGCCUACCCGAGCUGUCACACCGUGCCCUGUGAAUACUUCGAGACCGCCUUCCAGGCCGUCGAAGGAUGCCUUGCUGAUCGGGCAGUAUUACCUCUUGAGAACUCCUUAGGUGGUAGCAUACAUCGCAACUAUGACCUUUUACUUCGUCAUAGGUUGCACAUCGUUGGUGAGGUACGGCUUGCAGUUCGGCAUUGCUUGCUGGCAAAUCAAGGUGUCAAGAUUGAAAACUUGCAGAGCGCUAUGAGCCAUCCCCAAGCACUUGCACAAUGCGAACAAACACUGACCAAGUUAGGAAUCGAGCAUAAGGAAGCUGUUGAUGAUACAGCAGGUGCUGCAAAGCUUAUUGCGGAACAAAAGCUCCAAGACACUGCUGCGGUUGCUAGUUCAUUAGCUGCUGAACUUUAUGGACUGGAUAUUCUUGCAGAAAACAUACAGGAUGACACAGACAACGUUACCCGUUUUAUGAUGCUGGCUCGAGAACCCAUUAUUCCUCGCACGGACAAGCCAUUCAAGACUAGCAUAGUCUUCUGUCUGGAAGAAGGACCUGGGCAACUCUUCAAAGCACUUGCGGUGUUUGCUUUGCGGAAAAUCAAUCUCACAAAGAUGGAAAGCCGCCCACACAAGAAAAGGCCUCUACGCGUAGCUGAUGACAAUUGCUCUGCACCGCUGAAGCACUUUGACUACCUCUUCUAUGUCGAUCUUGAGGCAUCAAUGGCUGAUCCAAAUGCUCAAAAUGCUCUUGGAAACUUGAAGGAAUUUGCCACUUUCCUAAGAGUUCUUGGGAGCUAUCCUACAGAUGUGAGUGAAGCUUGAACCAUCGAGUGUGUGCUUGAAUUGAACUACAAGCUUGUCCCUUCGAUGGUUUCCUCAUAGUUGAGAAAGAUAUCAUUUUUUAGGCAGGACAAAACGACACCCUUGGGGACAGGACAAAACGAAGGAUGUCAUUGGUUCAUUUGUAGUUUAAGUAUUCUGUUCAUGUCUUAUAUUCAUGUCUUGAGUUUCAUAGCAAGAACCAAGUGUCUUGAUCUAUGAAAAGAUAUAAUAAUGUCUUUUUCAUGUAUGAAACCUAGCAGAAAAGAAAAAAAGGAGCUUUGAUAUAAUUAAGAUAUAGGUGGAGAAUGAAUAAAUCGGUUUAUUGAUGAUGCAA